GCAUGUCACACGCAUUAACUCUCCAACUUUCCCCGCCAUUUCUAAACCCAGACCCGCCCUCUCUCCACUUUUCAUUUCCCCACUUUUCAAAACCAUCGCUAUCUUGCACCGCUGCGCAUUUUAGCACCACCGUCCCUGUCUUUCUUUGCCUUCACCGUCCCCAGUCUCACCACUCACCCUGGGUCUCACAGUCCUUCCAAAACUUCGCAAUCCCAAACUGUACACGUGGAAAUUAGGGUUCAAAUUUAGGGUUUUGUUCAGAUGGGGAAUAAGGUCACGGACGAGCUCUUAUCCACCGUCCGAUCCAUCGUGGGCUCGGAAUACUCCGACAUGGACAUAAUCAGAGCCCUACACUUGGCCAAAAACGACGCCACCGCCGCGAUCAACAUAAUCUUCGACACGCCCAAUUUCAAAUCAAAAGAAUUACAAGCCAUUCCCAAAACCCCUAGAGUUUCUCGCGCCGUUGCUUCGAAUUCUUCGAAGCGAAACGGCUUCGAGAACCAGAAUUCGAAUUCAAAUUCGAAUUCGAAUUCGACAGUGCGCGAAGCAAAUGCUACUGAUUGCAGCGUUAGUGACUCCGGUGAGGGUUUCGUCGAAGAAGAAGACGUGAGUCGAGAGAGUUCGCUUGGGGACGAGUGGUGGUUCGUAGGUUGCAGUGAAGUUUCCGGGUUGUCCACGAGUAAAGGGAGGAGAGUGAAGACUGGUGAUGAAGUGGUGUUCACGUUCCCGCUGAAGAGCAGUUCUUCUCGUUCUCCGUCGCCGGGAAAGGUUUUCGGGAAGGGUCGACAGCACGCUGUGGCAGCUUGUUCAGAGAUUGUGAGGUUUUCAACUAUAGAAUCCGGCGAGAUUGGUAGAAUACCGAAUGAAUGGGCACGGUGUCUUUUGCCGCUUGUGAGAGAUAAGAAGGUUAAGGUUGAAGGUUGUUGUAAAUCUGCUCCUGAUGUUUUAGGCAUAAUGGAUACGAUUCUUUUGUCGAUAAGUGUAUACCUCAAUAGUUCUAUGUUCCGUAAGCAUCACCAGAAUUCGCUCAAGGCAGCCAGCAAUGCUGCUGAGGAAUCAGUAGUUCAUCCUCUCCCAAAUUUGUUCCGGUUGCUCGGACUAAUCCCUUCUAAGAAGGCAGAAUUCACUCCCAGUGACCUGUACACAAGGAAGCGGCCUUUAAACCCGGAGGAUAGUUCCGGUCUUCGGGCCUCAUUGUUACACGUUAACAAGUCUACGAAUCCUUCUCGAAACGAAAAUGAAGUGGAAAAUGAGGAGUCCAUUUCAGAUGCUGAUCUCGACAACAUUGUUGGUGUUGGAAAUUGCUCUGAGUUAGAGGAAAUGGAUCCCCCUGGUACUCUUCAAUGUGAACUUCGACCCUACCAAAAGCAGGCUCUUCAUUGGAUGAUUCAGCUGGAGAAGGGACAAUGCCUGGAUGAGGCAGCAACAACACUUCAUCCAUGUUGGGAGGCAUACCGUCUUGCAGACAAGAGAGAGCUGGUUGUCUAUUUGAAUGCAUUUUCAGGUGAUGCUACAACAGAAUUUCCAAGCACACUGCAAAUGGCCAGAGGAGGAAUUCUGGCAGAUGCAAUGGGUCUUGGGAAGACCAUUAUGACCAUAUCCCUCCUCCUUGCUCAUUCAGAAAGAGGUGGAUCAUCAAGUAGUCAGUACAUGAGUCACCCGUCAAGUGAAGAUAGUGAACCCAGUGGUAUGUUGGACCACUGUCAAGAUCCGCCAAAGAAGACAACAAAAAUUUCAGGUUUUGAUAAGUUGAUGAAGCAAAAGAACAUCCUUAUUAAUGGUGGAAAUUUGAUUGUAUGUCCUAUGACACUUCUAGGCCAGUGGAAGGCAGAGAUUGAGACUCAUGCACAACCAGGGAUUUUGUCUCUAUAUGUUCAUUAUGGACAAAGUAGACCAAAGGAUGCAAGAACUCUAGCUCAGAGUGAUGUUGUAAUUACCACAUAUGGAGUGUUAGCCUCAGAGUUCUCGGCAGAGAAUGCUGAAGACAAUGGUGGACUUUACUCAGUUAGAUGGUUUAGAGUGAUUCUUGAUGAGGCACAUACCAUAAAAUCCUCUAAAAGCCAAAUUUCUAUGGCUGCUGCGGCUCUAGAUGCUGAUCGUCGCUGGUGUCUUACUGGCACCCCCAUCCAGAACAACCUAGAGGACAUUUACAGUCUUCUUAGAUUUUUGAAGGUGGAACCAUGGGGAACUUGGGCAUGGUGGAACAAACUUGUUCAAAAACCAUUUGAGGAGGGUGAUGAGAGAGGGUUAAAGUUGGUUCAGUCCAUUCUAAAGCCAAUCAUGUUAAGGAGAACAAAAUCUAGCACUGAUCGAGAAGGAAGGCCAAUUAUUGUUCUUCCACCAGCUGAUAUUCAGGUUAUCUAUUGCGAACUCACGGAAGCUGAAAAAGACUUUUAUGACGCCCUUUUUAGAAGAUCUAAGGUGAAGUUUGAUCAAUUUGUUGAGCAAGGACGGGUUCUUCAUAACUAUGCUUCCAUAUUGGAGUUACUUUUACGUCUUCGCCAAUGUUGUGAUCAUCCAUUUCUUGUGAUGAGUCGAGGAGAUACGCAAGAAUUUUCUGAUCUGAAUAAGCUAGCUAAACGUUUCCUUAAAGGCAGCCACAAUGCCCAGGAAGGGGAAGCUAAAGAUGUGCCUUCACGAGCUUAUGUUCAAGAGGUUGUGGAAGAGCUGCGUAAAGGGGAGAAAGGAGAGUGUCCGAUAUGUCUUGAAGCAUUCGAAGAUGCAGUAUUGACACCUUGUGCUCACCGCUUAUGUCGGGAAUGUCUAUUGGCAAGUUGGCGAAAUUCUACUUCUGGUUUAUGUCCUGUUUGUAGGAAGAUCAUUAGUAAGCAAGAUCUUAUAACAGCCCCAACCGAGAGUCGUUUCCAGAUCGAUAUUGAGAAAAAUUGGGUGGAGUCAUCCAAAGUUGUUGCUCUCUUGCAUGAACUUGAAAAUCUUCGCUUUUCAGGCUCUAAAAGCAUUGUCUUCAGCCAGUGGACUGCCUUUCUUGACCUCCUGCAGAUUCCUCUUUCUCGGAAUAACAUUUCCUUUGUUCGUCUGGAUGGUACUCUAAAUCUGCAGCAGCGGGAAAAAGUGUUAAAGCAGUUUUCAGAAGAUAGCAACAUUCUGGUAUUGCUGAUGUCACUGAAGGCUGGUGGAGUUGGAAUAAAUCUAACAGCAGCUUCCAAUGCCUUUGUCUUGGAUCCAUGGUGGAAUCCAGCGGUAGAGGAGCAAGCAGUCAUGCGCAUUCAUCGGAUUGGACAAACUAAGAGUGUGAUGAUCAAACGGUUCAUUGUGAAGGGAACUGUAGAGGAAAGAAUGGAAGCAGUGCAAGCACGUAAGCAGCGGAUGAUUUCUGGAGCUUUGACUGAUCAAGAAGUCAGAACUGCACGAAUUGAGGAAUUGAAAAUGCUCUUUACUUAGACCAAUACAGAAAUAUAAUAGUUGUUCCUUCACAUGAUGUCCUUUGAUGAGAAUGCUCUUUUGCUCUAAGAGCGCAUGAGAUCAAGAUGUUUAUGACCUGGUAAAAUGAGUGGCUUCUGACCUGGCACUAGAGCUUGAAGGAAGUUGACUUGGGCCUAUUUAUAUAAGCCAACAUGCUAUACUUCUUGCGGAGGCAGAUCGGGGCGGCAAGAGUUUUUUGCUAUGCAAUUUUCUUGCAUGCUCAUGUAUUUCCACCAUGGGUUUUAAAGCGGUGGUCAAUUUUUGUAAUUUGAUGGAUACAGAAUGAAUUCAAUUUGAUUUGAUUUGAUUUACUAGACCUAAGUUUUCAGGUCUUCAAAGGCAACGAAUCGAAAUGAGAAA